UGUAGUGACUGCCUUGGCUGUGGAGAGCAGAGCUGUAGUGACUGCCUUGGCUGUGGAGAGCAGAGCUGUAGUGACUGCCUUGGCUGUGGAGAGCAGAGCUGUAGUGACAGAGUCUGGCAGAGAUGAAUGGGGACAAACCGGCCCCCCAUAGAGCACCCCCCGCGCCCCCGGAGGAGAAGAUGCAGGAGAGGGGCCAGUGGAGCAACAAGCUGGAGUUCGUCCUCUCGGUGGCAGGGUCCAUCAUUGGUCUGGGCAACAUGUGGCGCUUCCCCUACCUCUGCUACAAGAACGGGGGAGGUGCCUUCCUCAUCCCCUACCUGAUCUUCCUGUUCACCUGUGGAGUUCCUGUGUUCUUCCUGGAGACGGCGCUGGGCCAGUUCACCAGCGAGGGGGGCAUCACCUGCUGGAGGAAGAUCAGCCCCCUGUUUGAGGGUCUGGGUUACGGCACGCAGGUGAUCGUAGCACUUCUGAAUUUCUACUACAUCAUCGUUCUAGCGUGGGGCAUCUUCUACCUUUCCUUUUCCUUCUCCUGGGACCUGCCCUGGUCGUCCUGCAAUAACACCUGGAACACAGAGAACUGUGUGGAGUUUCAGAGGAGAAACGAGUCUGUGGACUUCAUCCCAAACCCAAACGCCACAUCUCCUGUCAUCGAGUUCUGGGAGAGAAGAGCGUUGAGGCUGUCGCCGGGCAUCGAUCACAUGGGCUCCCUGAACUGGGACCUGGCCCUGUGUCUACUGGUGGCCUGGGUCAUGUGCUACUUCUGCAUCUGGAAGGGGGUGAAGUCAACAGGCAAGGUGGUUUACUUCACCGCUACAUUCCCCUACCUGAUGCUGCUGGUGCUGCUGGUGCGUGGGGUCACCCUGCCCGGCGCCGGCCGAGGGAUCCAGUUCUACCUCUACCCUGACCUGGGUCGCCUGGCAGACCCCCAGGUGUGGAUGGAUGCAGGUACUCAGAUCUUCUUCUCCUACGCCAUCUGUCUGGGCUGCCUCACCGCACUGGGGAGCUACAACAAGUACAACAACAACUGCUACAAGGACUGUUUGGCACUGUGCUUCCUGAACAGCGGGACCAGCUUCAUCGCCGGCUUCGCCAUCUUCUCCAUCCUGGGCUUCAUGUCGUACGAGCAGAAUGUUCCCAUCGCUGAGGUGGCAGAGUCUGGUCCUGGCCUGGCUUUCAUCGCCUACCCGAGAGCCGUGUCUAUGAUGCCCUUCUCUCCUCUCUGGGCCUGCUUCUUCUUCAUCAUGAUCAUCCUACUUGGCCUAGACAGCCAGUUUGUGUGUGUGGAGAGCUUGGUGACGGCCAUGGUGGACAUGUAUCCAUCCGUGUUUCGGCGUCCGUACCGCAGGGAGCUGUUCCUGCUGGGGGUGGCCUUCCUGUCGUUCCUCAUGGGUCUCAUCAUGCUGAUGGAGGGGGGCAUGUAUGUGUUCCAGCUGUUUGACUACUAUGCUGCCAGUGGUAUGUGUCUGCUGUUCAUGGCCAUCUUUGAAACUGUGUGCAUCGCGUGGGUCUAUGGUGUGGACCGUUUCUAUGACAACAUUGAGGACAUGAUUGGUUACCGUCCUGGACCCUACAUCAAGUACUGUUGGUUGUUCUUCACCCCAGCGACAUGCAUUGGAACGUUUGCAUUCUCCCUCAUCAAGUACACCCCCCUGAAGUACAACGGUGUGUAUGUGUACCCGUGGUGGGGCUAUUGCCUGGGCUGGCUGCUGGCCCUAUCCUCCAUGGUCUGCAUCCCUCUGUGGAUGGUGUACAAGCUCUGCACCACCCAGGGGACGCUCCGAGAGCGCCUCCUCUUCCUCACCCAGCCCUCAGACGACCUUCCAAAAACCAAACAGGAACAGGACAGGCUUCUGGCAGUGUUUGCUGCGGAGGGCCCCGGGCCCAUAGCACUGGGGGCUGCACCCAGCAGAGCAGGCUAUCUCCAUGUGCCAGACUCCAGCUGCUGAGGUGUGGAGGAGGAACUGGAUGUCAUAGGAGACAUGUAUAUUUACAUUUACUAAAGCAUCACUACUUGUAUGGUUGUAAAGGACACUAAAACACAUACUUUUGUAUUAUAUUGUCAAAAUGCAGUAUUUUCCCCCCCAGUUUCUCAAUGUAUUUUCAGGAAUAAUUAUCAAAUAUUAAGAUGUAUAUGGCAAGGAUGUGAUCAUAUGGGUAUGUUGUGGAAUAUUGUGUAGUAAUGAAAUAUAUUGUAUUAAAAAAAAGAUCUGCUAACGCUUUGUGCCCGUUAUAAAACAACUGUUAACAACUGUGGUAUUGUACUAAGACCAGUUGAAAAGUGAACUUUUCUGUGUAAUAAUGACUGUACAAAGACUGUACAAAGUUGUGAAAAAAAUUA